AUGCCAAGAUCGAUUGCUCAGUCAUCAUCGACGCACAGCAGCAAUGUGGCCUCUUCGUCAGCUGGGGUUGCCAGCAGUUCUAGUGAUGGUGCUGGUGGUGACAACCGAGAUGAAGCUGCAGCAGCGGCGGCUCGGGAAGCUGAGCGUAAAGCUGCCACAGAGAGGCGCCAUCUUCUGGACCAGGUUGCACGCCGAGCACUCUUUGAGCUCUGUAUGUUAUUCUGGGAAGCCCACGUCAAGUUUCGGGUUUCAGACGGAAGAGCAGUCAGAGCGAGAGUGGAUGCACAGCGACGCAACUGGCAGCAUCUUGAACCCGGAGAUGUAUAUGCCAUCCUGGCGCCACAGAUGGAACAGCAGGAGUUCGAAAGGCUACAUGAGGAGUAUGGAUUUUUGGGAGGACUCUUUGACCAAGGAGUGCGAGAAAACGAUGAAAGUUGGAUAUGCUCCACCGGAGCCUCUGCCGAUCCUCCGAAGCAUUUAUACUUCCAGCACCUCAGCCGAUUGGCCCAGCCAAACUUGCAGAGGGGCAUUGUGGGACACCGAGCCCGUACGCUCAUGGCCCGGCUCUUGGAGCUACUGGAGAACAAACUGUAUGUCCCUGCCAUGUAUGCCCUAUUCCCUCUGCUCGGAACGGAUGGACAACGUUCAGCCAGCCGCAGCGCGAACAUCCAGUGGAGCAGCCGGCUCCAGCACGGCCUUCCGUCGGGCAAAGCGGUGCCUGCUUCACUCCCACCGGCGGUGCUGUGGAAAGAGGCGGCCGACUUGAUGGCGCCUGACAUUGCAGUGCAAAUUAACAGCUGGCUGGCUGAUAUGCUUGCCAAAGCAAUCGCUGUUAUUCUCAAGCAGAGACUGCAGCCAGCAGCGGACGCGCUCUUGUCGGAGUUGCCUCAAUUCGCCUACCUGCAGAACAGAUCGGCUCAGGAUGCGCUGGAUCGAGCGUUCACGCACUGCUGCCACGUUCAGUCGAUUCUGCGCGCGCAGACAGCCACACCACAAACCCGAUACCAGGGGCACACCGUCCUGCCCUGCAGAGGUGGCAUCACAUUAAGUGUAGAUCUGCGACAAGCGUUUGACCUAAUGCCCCGAGCCCAUCUCUUGACGGCCCUACAAAACUCCAAAGCCGAUCCAGCGCUGGUGUGGACAAUAAUGUCCCUGCACUCGCAUGCGCAAAUGCAAUUUUCCUUCGGUCCGCACAAAACCACCAUUGACAUAGAGAAUGGUAUACGCCAAGGGUGUGGGCUUGCACCCACCCUGUGGUCCAUGUUUACUGCGGUGGUCAUGGUUCGCCUUCUGGAACAGCUUACGCCAGAGGAACUGUCAGCGUUUGCCGACGACUGGCUCUUUCAAUGGGUCAUCAAUAAGCCAGAGGAUGUAGUUAGAGCGGUGCGAUUGGUCGGUUUUGUGCUGGAUGUUUUGCAUGAAUUUGGGAUGCAGCCGAGCUUGGACAAAACAGUCAUACUUAUCAAGCUUAAAGGCAGCCAAGCCAACCGAAUCAUCAAGGAACAUGUGUCUGGCAAGCUUGGCAAAGGCAGGGUCAUCAAGAUUGCGACCGAAUCCGGACAAGUAGAGCUUCCUGUAGUUGAACAGCACACCUAUCUGGGCUGUCAGCUGAGCUACACCUGCUCUGAACUUCUUACGAUCAAACAUAGGGUUCGGCAAUCUUGGAACGUCUUUAACCGACUCCUGCCUUCACUGCGCAGCGUCGGCCUUACUCGUGCCCUCAAGUUGGAGGUUUGGCGUGCAUGUGCAUAUGCCAGUUUGAUGUAUGGACUGGAUUGUGUUGUGUCCUCGGGGGCUGGUUCGGUUCUUAUCAGCAAAACUGUAGCUAGGCAGCUGCGGAUGGUCAUCAAAGCGUCCGUUCUUCCAAUGCUGUCACACCCGGCUGACACCCAGGCGAAACUAAUGGCCGGCAUGGAGGCGGAACUGCAGGACGAGCCCGGGACGGAGCUGUUGUCUGCCCAGAAGCAGAUGGCGAUGAUCCAGAGCAUGGCCAAGGCCAACCCCACCGGCAACCUGGGAGCGGGAGCGCAGCAAGUUCAGCAGGAGGAGGAACGCCAGAACACCUCGGAGCCUUCAGCCCCCUCAGCGCCGACGCCGUCGCAAAUGGACACCAGCAACCGGGACCACAAGCGCGGCUACCACACCGAGCAGCAGAAGGAGACCCUAUCCGGCAACGGCAACGGUCACGGAAAGGGCCCCAACAAGUGGCCGAAGACGAACUACAAAGGGGGACACUCCACCGAUGGUUCCGGCUGGGGAAGCCACAAGAACGACUACUGGAGCAAGCAGUCAUGGGACAAGGGCCAGGACAAGGAAACGGCCCAACUGGCCAAGCUCUGCACCUCGAUGGCUCGCCUCGUUCUUCGUCACGAGGACCAACAGUCGAUCGACCGCUCGGAGAAGGGAUUUAUUCUUUUCUGCCAAGCGAAGGGACUCCUCUCCAUUGUCCCGGAUUUGAAGAGGACGGCAGAAGCCUGGACGCAGCAGAAGGAGCAGACACCGGAGCAACUCACGCUCCCCAUGCGGUCAGCUCUCCUGCACCAGCUCGUGGAGGUCUGGUACACCAGGAUGGAGGCGGUUCCCCAGACGGAGGAAUCGCGCCAGAAUGCCCGGGAAAUGCUUAUCCUGGACAGCUCCGGCAACGUACCCUAUCUCCAGUACAACCGGGAGGAGCAGAAGCUCGAGAUCAAGAAGGACCGCGACCCAAUGACACUGGAGCGCACCCUCGAAAUGCUCCUGGAGCUCAAGGACCUGGUGUUGCUGCCGCUGACCACGCUGCGGUUCCACGCGGCCCGACGCAGGGCCUUGCAGAAUCCCGGGGAGAUCGUUCCCAUGAUGCUGGAGGUGGGCCUCCGGACUUCGGAGGCGGAUCGGGCAUGGAACAUCCUGGCUCGACUGAGCCACAGUGGAGCCUGCAGAGCAGUGGCGCUGAGCAUGCGCCAAGAACGCCUGGGCCGCUCCAUGCUCGCCCAGAACCUGCAGAAGAUUCUCGAGGAACUGUCAGGAGCCUAG